AUGGACAGUCCAGAGGAGAAGCGCCGCUUGUUCCGACCUGCUACGGUAGGGACGUGCCAUGCGCAGACGGCUACCGAGCGGUUUGGCGAUGAUGCCAGACGCGCGAUUAUCGACCGCGAGCGCACCGCCCUUGGACUACAUCCUGCGGGUGUAGAAUGGCCUAUUAACUGGCCUGCUUCCGAUAGCGAUGAAGACGAUGACCAUCAUGUUCCUGCCACGUCCAUUUACAAGCUGGUGCCUACCAUGCAGACUUACAGAAACAACUUGACUGCUUUGUCUCAGAAAUAUAAUUUGUACUUUGCUGCCUACCGUGGCAGAGUCUUCGUCUAUGUGCCUCGAAGUGUUCCGAAACAGACGAUACCAACGCACCCUGAUCUCCAACUUGUCACAUCGCCUAGCCGAGUGGCAUAUCUUAUUGGGGGCUAUCUCGACCCGUCGUCUCCCCACUCGAUCAACCACAUGAUUGUUGGAUCACUUGGCCAGGAGGAAAUUGUGGCUACGUGCUACGACGACGGCGAUGUUAUUGCAUUUUACACAAAAGAUAUUGCCGAGUGCAUCCACGCAAAGUCAGAGUUGUCCGGUCCUGCAUCGCCGAAACUUCGCCGGACAUCAGCAUGCUCUCUAAACGCAGGGAAUGCGCCGAAACCGUUCUUCCAUGAAAACGUGGGCAUCUCCGCUUGGGGAUUGGCAGUGCAUCAAAAGUCUCGUCUCAUUGCUGUCAGCUCGAAUCGUUUCGAGGUUACCGUAUUCGCGCCGGCCCUGGCGACCAACGAGUCGAGGUCGGCUCGGAACUGCGACUGUGAUGCGUGUUGCGAUGGCGUGGAGUCGCAUGUACGUCGUCGUGCGCGUAACUGGCGAAUUGUUGUGUCCUUGGGCCCUCUGUCAGAUAACAUUCCGAAUAUAAGCUUCGUCGACGACAAGUACGGCAACGCGGACAAGAUUAGCGCUAUUGACAUCAAGGGUGCCAUGUGGCUGGCCGAUAUUUGGAAACCAUCGCAAGCUGCUAUCAGAGUGAUGCCGUCAACUAGCCCGCUGUUGAAGAGCGAGGAGUUUUGGCCAGCAUCAUCUCGUGGAUGGGGAAUCCUUGCGCUUCCGAAUAGCAGUUUUAUGGUGGUCCAUUCCGAAGAAGAACUGCUAGGUUCCGCACUCAAAGACCUAGAGAUGGUGCCCAAAUUGCAAGCUGGUCCCCAUCCAAUGGUCAACUUGGGCAAAACGAUUAGGGAGCUUCCCGACAAUCCGUGCACACAACCUCCAGUACGAGCUCCCCUGGUACGCCUCGGCAACCAAGAACCCGCGGAUGUUGAAUUAGCAGCCGACAUUGGAGACGAAGAGUUUGUCUUCGACCACAUGAGUGACGAUGACGGCUCUGACUUUGGCGAGUCGGAACCCGGCGAGGGGGCGGAAGCAGACGAUGAUCAAGAUAUGGAGACGAAUUCCGAGGACGAGCUGGAGGCUGAUGAGGACCUGGAAGCCGAAGAGGACGACGAGGACGAUGUCGACAUGUUUUACAAUAUAAUCAAUGCCGGUGGAACAGCCCAGAGCGACAUUCCACCAACUUUGGCAAGCCAGGCGGAGGAGGCGCCUCAGGAUACGCAAAAUGUCGUCGAGCAAGCAAUUGGGCACCCAGCUACAUCUAAUGCACAAUAUCCCGAGGCUUCUGUAGCUCUUCAGGAACUCUUUACAGAUCUAUUCACGUCUCCGUUUCAGUCCGAAUCCGAGAGCCAAGAUCUGAUCAACGACUAUACCGCUUCUCCGACUUCGCCCACGCGAUGCCUAAAACUACAACCAGACAGUCCUCCUACCUUGCUGGACAUGGUUUAUAUGCCACAUAGCGGACAAGUGCUCGAGGCUCCGCGACACACACUCCAUCUCGCUCGGUUCCUCAAGAGAGCAACCGAGUAUAACGAAAACACGGCCGGCUACGUCGCUGGCUUGGGCAGAUUUGCAGAACGGUACCACAUGCUCCGAAUGUACGAAAAGGACAUUGAAAUGCGGACGCUGGAUAAACCUCGCCAGAGAGGGCUACCGGAACUAGGCAUUCUCUGUCCGUACGCUCUGACCAUGGGACUAACACCCGGCCGAGCCAUGCGGCCGCAUUUCCGCGCGACGAGCCGACUCAACAUGGUGGUUCAUAUCCCGGAACUGUUCCUGGUGAUUGUCGGAUCGCCUAUUGGGAGAGUGCUACUUCUCACUCCCACUCGUCUUGCGAGCCCUAUUGAGAAACUACCGGGCGUACUUCACCACGGGCUACGGAUAGAAUGGGUUCUACCGAGACAAUCGGACGAGGACGUUUUUAGGCUCAUCAAACGUCCGCUGCAUGGAAUGGCCGUAGGACCAGUACAAGCAGCCGGUGUGCUGGGCGGCGGAGAUGAAGCCCAACGGGCGGCUGUCCCGCGGAGGUACCGACUGAUGCUGCAUUACAGAAAUCACGACAUUUUGACCUAUGAGAUUAGCCGGGAAGAACAGACGGGGAAGUUGUGCAUAUUCUAG